AUGGAUCAGGAUUUACUCACCCUCCAGAGACAUGCCGUGUAUUGCCCCGAGCGACGGGAACUCAGCCUUACCUUUGGGGACGGUGUACAGAGAGGGGGUUUCAAUAUCUUCGCCUUCGUCCUGGCGAUCGAGAACUUCGUCAAAAUAUCUGCGGACUAA